AUGGCACCAACAACUGGAAGAUUGAGAGGUAGACCGAGAAAAGUUGCAAAAUUAGAAAAAAACAGUAGCAUUGGAAGUAGUCGGACAAGUUCUCGGAUAUCUGUAGCUGCCAAGCAAGGGUCCAAUCUAGCUCUUGACGAACUUUCCUUUCCUGUACCUCGGAUAAACCCUACUUCGAGACCCUCUUUGGUCAUUGUUGAUAGUGAUGACGACGAUUCCUUGUCGGAUCUGCCAUCUCCUUCCAUGAUUGUCGAAUACAUAAGUGCAAAGAAGUCUACAGAAAAAGGAAAGGGCAAACCGGUGGAAUCUCGCGAAUCUCUAUCCUCCGUUUCUACCAGUAACGACUACAAUGAAGGCAGUGACUAUUCUACUCCAGAGACUAGUGGUCUUGCAACCCCCGCGACUACGAGAGGUUCCCUUUUACCUUCAACUACAACUGGUUCUACACGAAGAGGCCGGACUCAAACUACAAACCCGUUACAAAGCACUUCUACCGUCAGCGCAAUUGCUAGGGCCAGAGCACUUCAAAAUAGCAUGUACUCCCUCAACCCCAUGAAGAAGAGAAAGUUUGUCGAAUCUGAGAAUGAAAAAUUGGAUGAUGAUAAUACACCAGAUGCCCAGCUUGCUCGUGCCAUGCAGGAACAGGAAUAUACAGCACCGACCUCAAUUGUGGCCACAUCUUCCCCAGGAUUAAGAAGAACUUCACGCAAUGUUCAGCCGAUCAAGUUGACCUUCGAUGCCGAUUUCAGCGAGGACGAUGACGAUGAUGACUCUUUUGAUACUAAGGUCUCUCAUGUGGUUAAAAAAGUGAAGAUUGAGCCAAAGGUUGAACUCUCGAGUACUUCCAAUGCUGUCAAUUUCAAAACUCCAAAACGAGGCAAAGCCAGUAGAUAUGAAUCAGAUGACGAUGAUGAUUUUGUUGCCAUCGAUUCAGAUUCGGGUUUUCCUGUAGCUUCAUCUAUUGCGAAACAAAGUCCAAUCAAGAAAAACUCAACCCAAGUUCUACAGAUUAUUCAGAAACACUCUCAAAAUUUCCAAAAUCGCCUCAAGACAGGAUCAGCACGUAAGAGGAGCUUGAUCAAAAAGGAAGUCGAACCAUCCAUACCACAACUCAAGUCUGAGGAUACCAAGGAAUCCAAUGCUAGAUCUACUCUUACAGAUCUUCCUUCUUCUAUGUCAGACGGCAGUCCAUUUGAUACCGAUGACGAUUCUAUGCUUGGAACUGAUACAUCUGAUGAUGAAGGUCCGAUUGUUGCUGGAAGCCAACAUUCACCCUCUCGCUCUCGUGCAUACGAUGCUUUUCAUGCUCGUCAUGCUCGCCAAAUGAUCAAUAAUCUCGAAGAAAGAUCUAGCGGACGAGCAAAAAAGGAACGUGCGAGGUUGGAGCUUCAUCAUCCUGAAUUACACACCAUGUGGAAGGAAUUAGAGGAUCUUCCUAAGAUUGGAGACUGCAAGAUUGAACAGCCAACAAACAUCAAUCGCGAACUGAAGCCUUUUCAACUUCAAGGUGUUGGAUGGAUGAAGGCAAUGGAAAAGACCGCUUGGGGUGGAGGUUUAUUGGGAGAUGAAAUGGGCAUGGGAAAGACAAUUCAAGCUGUUUCUUUGAUCAUGUCUGAUUUCCCUGCCAAGCAGCCUUCACUCGUUCUGAUUCCCCCCGUUGCUCUCAUGCAAUGGCAGCAGGAGAUUGCUGACUAUACUGAUGGUACCUUGAAAACCUUCAUAUUCCACGGUAGCAAUGCUAAAGCAAAGGGUAUCACUGUCCAGCAAUUAAAAAAGUACAACGUCAUUCUCAUGUCAUACAACAGUUUGGAGUCCAUGUACCGAAAGCAAGAGAAAGGAUUCAAGCGUAAGGAUGGUAUUUAUAAGGAGAAGAGUGCAAUGCACGAGAUCAAAUUUCAUCGGGUUAUUCUUGAUGAAGCACACAGUAUCAAAUCACGCACUUCUGGCUCGGCCAAAGCAUGCUUUGCUCUCAAGGCAAGUCAUAAAUGGUGCUUGUCUGGAACACCUCUGCAAAAUCGUAUUGGUGAAUUCUUUUCCCUCGUUAGAUUCCUCGAUAUUCGACCUUUCGCAUGUUAUUUCUGCAAACAAUGUCCUUGUUCGACUCUCGAAUGGGAUAUGAAUAGUCAAAAUCGUUGCAACGGUUGUAACCACAGUGGCAUGCAGCAUGUUUCGGUAUUCAACCAAGAGCUACUCAAUCCUAUUCAGAAGUUUGGUAACAACGGUGCUGGGAAAGAGGCAUUCCGAAAGCUUCGAAUAUUGACUGAUAGAUUUAUGCUUCGUCGGGUCAAGCGUGAUCACUCAUCUGCCAUGGAGCUCCCUGCGAAGGAAAUUUACGUCGACCGUCAGUUCUUUGGCGAAGAGGAGAAUGAUUUCGCUGGUAGUAUCAUGAAUAAUGGUGCUCGGAAGUUUGAAACAUAUGUCGCUCAAGGUGUCUUGCUCAACAACUACGCCAAUAUCUUUGGUCUUAUCAUGCAGAUGCGUCAGGUUGCUGACCAUCCUGAUUUGAUUUUAAAGAAGAAUGGCGAGGGGGGUCAAAACAUUCUUGUUUGUUGUAUCUGUGAUGAAACUGCAGAGGAAGCUAUCAAAUCUGCAUGUCGUCAUGAUUUCUGUCGAGAAUGUGCCAAGAACUAUUUGAGAUCUUCCGAAACUCCCGACUGUCCUCAAUGCCACAUUCCCUUAACCAUCGACCUGGAACAGCCUGCAAUCGAACAAGAUGAAGUACAAGUCAAAAAAUCUUCCAUUAUCAACCGCAUCAAGAUGGAAAACUGGACCUCAUCAUCGAAAAUUGAAGCUUUAGUCCACGAUCUUUAUCAACUUCGAUCCAAAAACUCCUCGAGCAAGUCUAUUAUCUUCUCUCAAUUUACCACGAUGCUCCAACUCGUAGAAUGGCGUCUUCGUCGCGCAGGUAUCACAACUGUCAUGCUUGAUGGUUCCAUGACACCCGCUCAACGUCAAGCUUCUAUCAAUCACUUCAUGACCGAUGUCAACGUCGAAUGCUUCCUCGUCUCCUUAAAGGCGGGUGGUGUUGCACUGAACCUCACUGAAGCCAGCAAAGUCUUCAUUGUCGACCCAUGGUGGAAUCCAGCCGCGGAGUGGCAGAGUGCGGAUAGAUGUCACCGAAUUGGACAAGCCAGACCAUGCAGCAUUACUAGAUUAUGCAUUGAGGAUAGUGUUGAGAGUAGAAUGGUGUUGUUGCAAGAGAAAAAGGCAAAUAUGAUUCAUAGUACUAUCAAUGCCGAUGAGAGUGCGAUGGAAAACCUAACGCCAGAGGAUAUGCAGUUUCUGUUUAGAGGAAAUUAG